AUGAUCAAUCAAACAACUGUAACAGAAUUCUUACUUAGUGGAUUUUCUGAUGUCCGAGAACUACAAGUUUUACACUUCAUAGCAUUUUUUCUCAUUUACCUUGUAACCAUAACAGGGAACAUUCUGCUCAUUGUAAUUGUUGCCCAGCACCCAAAGUUUCAUAGCCCCAUGUAUUUCUUUCUGGUCAAUUUAUCCUUUCUGGAUGUCAGUUAUAUUUCCACAACUGUUCCCAAAUCCAUUUUUUAUUCUUUCUUAAACAAGAGACAGGUUUCAUUUUCUGAAUGUAUCACCCAAGCUUUCUGGGUUCUCACAUUUACAGGUACUGAACUGUCUAUUCUCACUGUCAUGGCAUAUGACCGCUAUGUAGCAAUUUGCCACCCAUUGCAAUACAGGCUCAUUAUGAACUGGAAUGCCUGUUUUCAGAUGGCAGCUGCUUCUUGGAUUUGCAGUGCAAUAAAUAGCCUGGUACACACUGCAAAUACCUGGGACCUGCAUUUUUGUUCCUCAAAUGUGCUUGAAAAAUUUUUCUGUGAUAUUCCACAAUUAUUAGCAUUGUCCUGCACUGACACAACAGCAAAUCAAGGGCUCCUUCUUGCUGUUGCUGUCUUUGUAGGAUCCUUUUGCUUUUUCUUUGUUUUUAUUUCCUAUGCUUACAUUUUUUCUGCAGUGUUCAAGAUUCAGUCUACUCAGGCCAGGUACAAGGUCUUCUCCACUUGCACUCCACACUUGACUGUUUUUUCAUUCUUUGUUAGCACUGCCUCAUUUUCUUACUUGAGACCAAAAGCCUGGUCCUCUCUUCCUACGGACAUGAUAGCUGCCAUUUUAUAUACAGUUUUACCACCCUUAAUGAAUCCCAUCAUUUAUAGUCUGAGAAAUAAAGAUAUACAAAAAUGUCUGAUGAAAAUGUUAAAUUGGUAA